UUAGCGGCUCGAUUUCUGUUUUUCAUCACACAACCUCCUCCUCCUCCUUCAGUCAGAUGAAACCAGCGGAGAUAAGCAGAUCUCCGGCCGCCAGCCAAAAAAGUGAAAGACUCCGGAGACAGUUUCCCACGGCGUCACAAAAAGUGAAAGUCCAAAAAGUCUCCGUGAUUGCCGUGCUGGUUUCCAUUUUAAAAAUUUAGGGUUCUCCGACCCACGUCGGACACGACCAUGGCGCUGCCGUGGCCGUUCCGUGUUUUUAUUUGGUUCUGCACCGUGGUGUCCGUUAGUUUGGCGCAUAAAAAUGUUCUCUUUUUGCUGGCCGACGACGGUGGCUUCGAGAUGGGAGCCUACCGGAACCGGAUCGUGCAGACGCCGUACCUGGACGCGCUCGCCAAGCAGAGUUUGAUCUUCAACAAUGCUUACGCCUCGGUCAGCAGCUGUUCGCCGUCGCGGGCGUCGAUUCUGACCGGGAUGCCGGAGCACCAGAACGGGAUGUACGGCCUGCACAACGGAGUGCACAAUUUUGACGCGCUGGGACGGGUUCGCAGUAUUUCGACGAUUCUCGGUGAAGCCGGUGUGCGUACUGGGUUGAUCGGCAAGAAGCACGUUGGCCCGGGCGAGGUUUUCAAGUUUGACUAUGAGAGAACUGAGGAGCAGUUCUCGGUGAAUCAGGUUGGACGAAAUAUAACCAACAUUAAACUGUUGGUGAGGGAGUUUUUGAAGGACGCCAAGGACAAUCCGUUCUUUUUGAUGGUUUCGUUCCACGACCCGCACCGAUGCGGUCACAUUACGCCUCAGUACGGGUCGUUCUGUGAACGGUGGGGUUCCGGAGAGGAGGGAAUGGGACUGAUCCCGGAUUGGCACCCAAUUUACUACGUUUGGGACGAGUUGAUUCUGCCGUAUUAUGUGCCGGAUACGGAACCUGCUCGGAGGGACGUCGCCGCCCAGUACACAACCAUCUCCAGAUUGGAUCAAGGCAUUGGACUGGUUCUACAGGAACUGAAGAACGCUGGUUUGGAGCAGGAUACGCUCGUAGUUUACACUUCGGACAACGGUCCACCGCUCCCUGCUGCCAGAACCAACCUGUACGACCCCGGCAUGGCCGAACCAAUGUUCAUCCGAUCCCCCGACCCAAAGAGUCGCCGCAACGAAGUGACCUACUCCAUGACCAGCCACCUGGACCUGGUUCCAACCUUCCUGGACUGGUUCAACCUGUCCUACCCAGAAUCCAACCCCCCAAACCCUCUCACCGGCAAAUCCCUCCUCCCCUUGCUCUACACCGAACCCCCGGUCGACCCCGAUCACGUCGUGUUCGCGUCCCAGUCCUACCACGAGAUCACGAUGGCCUACCCGAUGCGGGCCGUCCGCACCAAGCGCUACAAACUGAUCCACAACCUCAACUACCAGCUGCCGUUCCCGAUCGAUCAGGACUUUUUCGUGUCGCCCACCUUCCAAGACAUGCUGAACCGGACGCGCCAGGGCCAGGAUCUGCGCUGGUACAAGUCGUUGCGCCAGUACUACCAACGGCCCGAGUGGGAGCUGUACGACCUGAAGCUGGAUCCGGCCGAGCGGAAAAACGUCCACGGGAAGCCCGUCGUGAAGGAGGUGUUUGAGCGGCUGCGGGUGCGGCUGGCCAAGUGGCAGGAAGCGACGGAGGAUCCGUUCCGGUGUAUGCCGGGCGGGGUGCUGCUGGAUACCGGUGAGUUUGAGAACAAUGCGACCUGCUUUAGUUUGGGCCAGUGAGGCGUGAAGAAUACUCAAGAAUUUGUACCUCUAUUUUGCAUGUUAGUUUUAGCUGAAUUUAUUAGAGUUUAGGUGUUGGAAUCUGUUGAAAUUUUUAAAUGAUUUUAUAAACUUUGGAU